GAAGAUACUCGAUUAGUUUGAAAAAUCAGAUAGUCUUGUUUUACUCUUUGAAAAUAAUUAUUGCUAUAAUUUAUUUAGUUAAAACAUUGGAAAAUUAACUUCUUAUUUAAUAAUUUAUUGUACCUGGCUUUUAAAUUCUGUUUGUAUUUCUAUGAAUCUAACCCCAAGUAUACUUAAGCAAUCGAUUAAUUUAAUGUGUAUACUGAAAAGAGAGUUUAACGGAGUGUCAACAUGGCUUCUGUGGAUCAAAAUUUGUUUGUGUUGUGACAGCAAGUGAUAGUUAGAAGAUAAUGGAAAGGACUUUAAACAACAAAAUAAUUAAAUGUUAACUGUGUGGGUACAAUGUUACUAUUUUGUGGUCCCCUCAUAAAAGUUGAUAAUGUCUUUGGGUUUUUAUUAUUAUCAUGUAUAUUGUUACCUAUCGUCAUAUCAGAACAUCAUGAAGGAGGUAUUUGGUUUAAAAAAGAGCCUAGCGAUGUAGUCGUUUCCGUCGGAGGUAGUGCUGUCCUGCUUUGCGAAGCAGCUGGUCCGGGUCCACAGAAGCCCACUAUAACUUGGAGGACAGCCCAGGAUGAACCUGUCAGCGAAAUGAGUAACCCAAACAGAUGGGUUAGCAAUGGAUCAUUACGUGUCAGCCAGAUGACAGAAGAUGAAGCAUUCCGUUGCGUUGCCUCUCUCGAUUCUAUUGGAAAGAUAGUGAGCCGAGUAGCCACCAUCUCAGUUGCCAGAUUAAGUGAAAUAGAAGGACCUCAGAGCCUCCACGUGUAUCCGAGGCAGACUGCCCAUUUCACAUGCCAUGCCACCGGAAAACCACCACCUAAAAUCACCUGGUUUAAAGAUGACCAACCGAUAAUACCUGACCCGUCCCGUAUGGUUAUACUUCCAUCAGGUUCUCUUGAAAUCGAUGAAGUACAAUCAUCAGACACUGGCAGCUAUAGAUGUAAUGUCACCAGCUUAGAUAUCGUUCAUUCUAGUGGCAAAGCAUAUUUAACUGUCUCACAGGACAUAGAAGGAGCAAGUCGUGCUAUGGCUCCAGAAUUCAUUGCAACUCCAAGAUCCAUCGUUGCCACAGAAGGUGCUAAUAUUACUUUAGAUUGUGCUGCAAAUGGCAACCCUAGGCCAACUAUAACCUGGCUUAAAGAUGGUGUCUCGAUUGAUAUGGCGUACCUUGACAGUCGUUAUCGUAUCGUUGGUACAGGAAGCUUGGAAAUCAGCAAUAUAAUUGAAGCUGAUAAUGGUAACUAUCAGUGUCGUGCUGGUAACAGAGAGGACUCCGUCGACCAUCAAGCCUCUCUUCAUGUUCAAGUGGCUCCCAAGUUCACAAAGAAACCAUAUUCGCUCACUGCUAUUGUGAAGUCUGAUAUAGAAUUAGAAUGUCAGGUGUAUGCCAAACCUGAACCAACUGUUUCAUGGCUGAAAAAUGGUGAUCCCAUCUCGCAAAAAAAUGACUACAUGCAAAUUGUUAAUGGAAAUAAUUUGAGAAUCCUGGGUGUAUUUUCUUUGGAUUAUGGAAUAUUUCAAUGUGUUGCUUCAAAUCCUGCUGGUAAUAUUCAAGCUGCUGCUCUUUUAUCGAUAAAACAACCAGAAGGUGAAGUGACAAUUCCUCCCGUAGAGACAAAUGGACGGUCGGAGACUGGAGCACCUCGUCAAUUGGAGGCAGUUCAAGUUCAACCGAGACUCAUUUCACUUCGCUGGAAACCGCCAUUAACUUCUCAUGGCGAAAUUUUAUCCUACUCUGUUUUUUAUUCUGAAGAAACAUCUAUGCGGGAAAGAGUAGUAAACACUUCGAGAACACGCCUUGAGGAAGCAAACAUUGCUGGCCUCAAACCAAACACCACCUAUACCUUCCGCGUAGCUGCGCUGAGUCGUGCUGGAUUAGGAGAGGCUUCAAUUCCACUCUCCGUGGUGACUAAUCCAGAACUCAGUGUCCCGGAUCCUCCACGUUCUUUGACUGCUAUUCCUACUACUACAAGCGUUACGGUAUCCUGGCUUCCUCCGCUUGUUGCUAAUGGAGUUAUAAAAUUUUAUCGACUUUAUUAUUACGAGUAUGAAACGUCAGAAGAACAUCAUAUUGAUACAACAGAAACUGGUUACACCGUCAGUGGAUUAAAAAAAUAUACCGAAUAUAUUGUUUGGGUAAUAGCUCAUAAUGAAAACGGUGCUGGAGCAAGUUCAGAAGAACUCACUAUAAGAACACUAUCCGAUCAACCUUCUGGUGCACCUACAAAUAUCACUCUCGAAACGAUUAGCUCGACGAGUGUAAUUGUGCGUUGGGAUCGGCCUCCUAAGGAGGAAUGUAAUGGAGUCAUCACCGGCUACAAGUUGAGAUACAGAGCAAGAGACAGAAGAGGGAAAUCAGAAACAGUAACGACUGGUGGAAAUCGGAGAAAUUACCUGCUGGAGAACCUAGAAAAGAACACUGUUUAUCAAGUUAGGCUGUGGGCUAUGACGGUAAAUGGUACCGGCCCCCCUACGGAGUGGUAUACGUUUGAAACUUAUGAAAAUAACCUUGACGAGUCUUCAGUACCGGGUGCUCCAACCUCUAUCAGAGUGAAACCUGGAGCCGAUUCUAUUAAUGUUAUGUGGUCGCCACCUAAAGACACCAACAUUCUGGUACGCUAUUAUACCAUCAGCUGGGGUAAAGGAGCUCCUGGUGGAAAAACUGAAAAAGUUGAUGGAAAGCAAAGAUAUUUUGUUAUUAAAAAUUUAGAUGCUAAUUCAGAUUAUGUAAUAUCUAUUGAAGCACAAAAUGAUAUGGGAAACGGUCCCCCUAUUUAUGAAAACGUUAGGACUAGAGAUGAAACUUCAGAGGCAGAAUCUCUUCUUCAAUUGAUCCCUCCUGUUGGCUUGAAGACCUCUGUCCUUUCGCCCUCAACUAUUGUUCUCUUCUGGACGGACAGUAUGCUAGGCCUUAGACAGGAGAUUACAGACCAACGAUACUAUGUGGUUCGCUACAACCAGCAGCAAUCCGACCCCAGCUCUCUAGUGCGCUAUAGGUACCACAAUUCAACAGCGCUUAAUUAUUUAAUUGAAGAUCUCAAACCGUUCACUACUUACGAAUUCACUGUCAAAGUUGUAAAGGGAAAAAAGGAGAGUGCUUGGAGUAUGGUGGCGAACAAUACAACCAAAGAGGCAGCUCCAGCAUCUCCGCCGAGAGAAUUGACCGUAACUAAUGAAGAACCUGGCAGUGUCGCUUUGUCGUGGUUACCACCUAAAUUGCCUAAUGGUGUCAUUUCAAGCUAUAUAGUUUCUUACACUACCGACCUUUUGAACAAGGAAAACAGUUGGAUUAUGGAGAUGGUGAAAGGCGACAAGUUGUCUACUACGAUCAAGUCACUCGCUCACUCCACUACUUAUUACUUUCAUGUCAAAGCUAAAAAUAGUAUGGGCUAUUCCAGUACCCCGGUUGUCUCCAUAACAACUUUAUCUGCACACUCUGGUUCUUUAGAAAAAGGACUCAAAGGAAAACUGGGCAGUAGUGGAAUUAUGUACAUAGUUAUAAUAUGUUCGUCUGUUGUCAUCACCCUGUUGGCGGUUGGUAUUAUUUUCUUCUGCUGCCGAAAACCAGCCAGACAAAACACCCCAGAGCGGAACAAAAAAGGCUAUAAAGCCGGAACUAGUGGAAUAAAACCUCCAGAUCUUUGGAUUCAUCAUGAUCAGAUGGAACUGAAAAAUGUUGAAAAAAAUCAAGAAAGUGGUGGCGGAGGUGCUGGCAGUGGAGGCAGCCUUCCUCGCGAGUCAUCUUCAUUAGCGGAGAAACACCAUCCGCAGUACAUGAGUUCUCAAUGUGAGCCCCUUCUAGGCCCCGAUGAGAGGACAUCAACGUUGCGGCGAACAUAUAAACAUAAACCUAUCACUUUGCCUAUAGAUAACUCUCACUUUAGGGAACCUGUUGCCACUGCGACUCCGAUUGGUAGUAGCGGACAAACUCCUGCCAUCGAAGCCAGACCUUUGUAUCCUAGAACACAAUAUUCAAUUUCAAGAGCCCACGUAACUAUUGAUCCUAACGUUCCCGAGAGCCCUUAUGCAGUGCAAUCUACAUCUGGUGGCGGUAGCAGUAGUAUGCCAUAUGAACCAGCACCAACUCCUGUUAUUUAUAGUGGUGGUGCAACUAGCAGCGGUACAGGAGCAAGUACCUCAUCGGGCGACGGUAAAAGAGGUGGAAGCCACCCGUUGAAGAGCUUCAGCGUACCUGCACCUCCCGCUUCUGCCCCCACAACUCCCCAGCAGAGGCACGUCGUCACUGUUCGUCCUCAAGGUUCGAGUCCUUAUAAAAAGGGCAGUAGUUAUUCUACAACGUCUCCACUUCCUAGGCAGCGCCAAGAGCAAGAGCUGCCUAAGAUUCAAGCGUCUUAUAGCACCGAAGAACUAAAUCAAGAGAUGGCGAACCUCGAAGGCCUGAUGAAAGACCUAAACGCCAUCACGGCAUCUCAGUUCCAAUGCUAGUCUUUAAUGAACCUAUUCUGGUUAAGUUUGCGAAACUAAGACUUUAUUUUAUAAAUAGAUGGGGUAUGGGUUUUAUAAAAUACUAAUUCCAACCUACAUCGAUUGACAUUUUAAUUGUUUUUUAUUUAUUUAUAUAUUUUUUAAAAAAUGUUUCCGAAUUGUUUUUUUUACCAUAUUAAUGUUUAUUUGACUUAGUUUAUCUUUUCUAUCCUGCAUAUUGUGCACUACGUAAAUUGUGUUUAGUGCAGAUAUUUUUUAUUCCAUAAUGGCUAAUUUUUUAUGUUAGUCAAAACGUUUUAUAUUCCAUAAAAAUGUUGGUGAGAUUAAUUUUCUCAUUUUCAGCCCUCAAAAGAGACUGAGACUGAUUAUCAGUGCUAUAUUUGAACAGUAUUAUAAAAAAUUUAAAAAUCGUCUCUCUGUCCUUUUUAUAAUUUGCUAUUGAUUUUUUUAUAAAACUAACUAAAAAGUAAAAAUAAAUGUACAGUUCCUUAUUGUUUAUUUUUUUAUUGAUUAUUUAUUUAUGUGUAGAUCUCAAAAUGAUGUAAAUGUUUUUUUAUUUCUUUUAAGUGUGCCAUUAUUUCAAAUUAUUUAUUGUUCUUUUAUUAAAUAUGCAUGAUAUAAUAGAUUAAGGUACUUAGGUUAUAAUAGUAUUUUUCUUUAAGAUUGCUGACAAUAAUUGUGAACAUGUGAAUUUUUUUUUAAUAAAAUUCGAAAAAGUGUUAAAAUUAAUUCUUCUCACAAUAACAUCAGGAUUAGUUCAGAAUUAUUGAAUUCCAUCUUAUGUUGUUUCUCAAAGUGUUCUAUUGUAAAAAUUAUUUUGAGGAAUAUAAUAGUAUUUCAUUUUUAAAAUGAAAUUCACAUGGUCUACUAUUACUAUUGUCCUAAUUUUAAACUAGUAGGAAUAGAUUAAAGUCAUUCUGCUCAAUUUAAUAUUCAACAAUGACUAUAAUGCUUUAUAAUAUGUUAAAAGUUAAUAAUAUAAGUUACUGAAUUAUUUGGGUCUUUUUUACUUAAGUAUCGCUAGUCAUUUUUUAAAUAUUUAAGAAUAUUAAUCUUCAAGGGACAAAAAGUUUCUCAUUGGAAACUUUUGCCUGAGGUAUUUCAUUAAAUAAAUCAAAACCUUUAAAUUUUUUUCUCCAAACAAACUCAUAAAGAUGUGGGUAAGCAUACUUCUUUGUAACAAAAGAAUAUUAUUGAAUUUUAAGUUAAUUUUUUGUUCUCAGUAAAACAAUACUUUUAUGAUUUUGGUUACAACCUCAUUAAUACAAUCAUAAUAUUUUAUGAAAUUGUGUGUAUUACCUGUUUAUUAUGAUGAUUUGAAUAGGUAAUGCAAAUUCACUUGAUAAAUAUAUUUAUUUUAAUAAUAUUGAUAUGAUUUCACAAGAAUUCUUAGUUACACUUACAUAUGUUAGAGCUCGGCCUUACAAAUGAGAGUGUUCUCUUAUGUUAUGUUAACAAUAUUUUGAUUUACGAGUAAUGUUACAAGUGGUGCAAUCAUUCAAUUCAUAACUCUAUACCAUCUACUCUGUAACCUCUCAUUUUUAUAUCACAUGGUGAUAAAAAUUAUCACUGACGCAGUUAUUAAUUAGGCUGGAGAUAGUAGUGUUGCUACAUAUGUAUUUGGUUAAUCUAUAACAGUUCUGUUCUAAUUAAGUGACAAAAAAUUAACUGUCGAUACUUAAGUAAAAUAGACCCAAUUAUUUUUAAUGUGUUAAUUUCAGCAUUACAUGAUCAUUCCCAAAAUUAUUUUAAUGUAUUUAUUAAUGAUGUCGUAAAUGCUUAAAAUGAAUUGGCUCAAAACAUUCCAGCGCCAUGAAAUUUAUCGAAUGUAUAACAUCCAUUCUGCAUUUAAAAACUAGUACAAUAUUAAAACAUUAUAUUUAUAUAUGUAUAUAUAUUUUGCGAUUAUUGUUCAAUAAUUUGAAAAAAACAUUUUUAACUAAAUGAAAAGUAAUUGCUUAGGCUAUUUACAUAUCCAAUUAAAGUAUUAAAUUCUAAAAAACUUAAAGUUUAAAUAAUGCAUCGUUCAGAAAUAAAUCAGGAUAAAAAAUUCUGAACAGAAAAAUAUUUAAUUACUUAUCGAAUAAUUAAGGUACUCAUUACAAAAACAUGUUUAUAUAAUUUAUACUUUGUUUUAGUGAAAUUGAUUAUGUUAAAACUAUUAUUUAUUUUUUUUACUUUUUUUAAGUUAAGAAUUAAUUGCUUUUGUUAUGCAAAUGCAAAAUAAAAAUAAAAAUAAAAUAUUGCCAUCUUAAUGGAUGUCAUUUUGAUAGUAUUUAUUUUCAAUUUCUUUUUAGUUCUAUUGACUUGUGCCAUGGUAAGCUAUACCUUGGCUACUUUUAAUUUGUUCACAUUAUUUAUUUGUGUUUUGUUGUUUCUACAUCUAUCAACAAAAGAUCAGCAAAAGGUUCUGGAUUCUUUCCUUAUAUCCAGAAUAAACCUUGAUAUCUUGAUAAAAAUUUAUGUUAUACUUCAGAUCAUUGCUCUGACAAUCUCAUUGAAUGACUUAAAUCGUGUACAAAUAUUUUGUGAUUUAGACAAACAGUGGAUAUGUUAAGCAUGUUUUAAUCCUCCGAAGAAUGGCCUUAUUUUAUUCCUAUGAUGUGUAUUAUUAUUAUUUUGUUAGUAUUGUGUUAAAGUUUGGUGGGGUAGAGCGAUGUGUAUUUUACAUGUCCUUUGAUAUGCGUGCCUAAUAAUGUAUAUAAACGUAUAUAUAUAUAAUUAAAACUUAAAAUGUUCCAUAAUUUUAUCAAUUAGGGCCUAUUUAUAAGUGUCAUUACAGAUUCCAUUUUUAUGAUGCGGAAGUUGUAAGGCACUAUUUUUUAUACAAUUCCAGCUUAUAACAUUGUAAAUCCUUAUGUCACUGUCAUUUAUAUGUAAUCUUUUAUACAUACACAAUUAAUGUUUUCAUAUAAAAAAAAACUGUU